GCCGAUCCGGUUUGGGUUUCCGCCGAUGGUCAAGCGAUGAAAGGCGAGUGAUCGAGCGGCUGGUCGAGAAGGGAAAGCGCCCCAAGCGACUUGAUGGUAUCCCCGACGAUGUUUGGUCACUCAUCGAAGACUGCUGGCGCCAAGAUCCCACCAAGCGCCCUAAAUUUUCCGAUAUACUCUCCCGCUUGACUGACUUGCGACAGAGUUCGCUUUCAGUACCAACUGAAAUCGUGGAUACAGAGAGAAAUCCAACACCCCCGAUCGAAAUCAUACCAUGUCCAGCUAAAGAAUAUCAUGAUGAUACCGCCACGAUGAACCCGGAUAUCCAGCAGGUGAUCUUCGGUAUGAACGCAGAAGUCCUAUUCGAGCUUGGCAACCGCUACUACAACGGCCAAGGUGUCACUCAGGACUACACCAAGGCGGUCGAAUGUUUCACCGAGGCCGCCAAUCAGGGGCAUGUUGGGGCUCAGCACAACCUCGGUAUCUGCAACCAAAUCGGUCAUGGGGUCACCAAAAACUAUACAAAAGCUGUUGAGUGGUUUACCAAGGCUGCUACUCGGGGAAAUGCAAAUGCUCAGUACAGCCUCGGCAUGUGCUACCACAACGUCCAUGUCCUUGCUAAUACAAACGCCGCAGCUGGCAUAUUCGAGCAACUCGCCGCUGAAGGUCACAGCGAUAGCCAGUUUUGGAUCGGCAGAUGCCACUACUUUGGCGAGGGAAUCUCGUCGAACGAGUCAAAGGCAUUCAAGUGGUUCAGCCAGUCGGCCGAUCAAGACAGCUCGUAUGCACAGACCAUGGUUGGGACGUGCUAUCGCUGGGGAUAUGGUGUCGCCGUCGACCAUGCCAAAGCAUUUGAGUGGUACCGCAAGUCGGCUGAGCAGAACAAUCGGCAGGGCCAGUGCUGCCUCGGGGACUGCUACCAGACCGGACGAGGUGCUGCCGCGGACAUUGACACCGCCGUCUUCUGGUACCGCAAGGCUGCCCAGCACGGUUAUGAAAGCGCCGUCGCCAACCUUGAACAGCUUAGCAGAUGGCUCUGA